AUGCUCAUCAUCAUUACAGCCCUUAUACUGAAGUUGGCUGUCGUCCUUGGAUUUGAAGCCUCUUCUAAAUCCAACGUUGCUGUAUACUGGGGCCAAGCCUCUGCUGGGUCUCAAGGAUCGCUAGCAUCAUACUGUCAAUCUUCCGAUGUUGACAUUGUGCUGCUAUCCUUCCUAUACACCUUUCCUAACACCAUUGGUCUUGACUUUAGCAGCGCUUGCUCUUCUUCUUUUGGAGAUGGUCUGUUGCACUGCGACCAGAUUGCCGAAGAUAUCAAAACUUGCCAAAGCCAGGGCAAAAAAAUUCUACUUUCAAUGGGUGGUGCCGUUGGCUCUUACGGAUUCACAAGCGAUUCUCAAGCCGAAGAUUUUGCUACAACAUUGUGGAACACUUUUGCCGGUGGAUCUGCCUCUGAAAGACCAUUCAACGACGCGAUCAUUGACGGUUUCGAUUUCGAUAUCGAAAAUCAAAACCCUACUGGCUACGCAGCUCUAGCAAAAAAGCUCAGAGAAUACUUCAACUCAAGCUCCCGCGAUUACUACCUGUCUGCUGCCCCACAAUGCUUCUACCCAGAUGCGUCCGUUGGUGAUUUGCUGAACAACGCAGAAAUUGAUUUCGCCUUUAUUCAGUUCUAUAACAAUUACUGCAACGUCGACUCACAUUUCAACUGGGACACUUGGACUCAAUUUGCAGCAGGUGCUCCAAAUCCAAACAUCAAGCUUUAUUUGGGUUUACCAGGUUCCUCCUCCGCUGCUGGUUCUGGUUACCUUUCCGACUUGAGCUUGGUUCAAUCUACUGUCAACCAGAUAAGCAGCAGUUCUAAUUUCGGUGGUAUCAUGUUAUGGGAUGCUUCUCAAAGCUUUACCAACAAGGUUGACGGUGACACUUACGCGGCUCAAAUGAAAAAGAUUUUGGGUUCUGUGAAUUCCGAAAGUGUGGCUGACGCUAGUUCUCAGUCAAUCGCCUCCACAUCCACCAGUGCUUCCUUCUCAAUUACAUUGUCCACAUCCCCUAGCGCCUCCUCCUCAAUUACUUCGUCGACCUUCUUUGCUAAAUCAUCCGCAGCUACGUCUCGCGUUGUAAGCUUUGUGACUUCGACAACCGACUUGAUCUCCGCCACUGUUGCUCCUUCAACGACUUCAAAUUUCUUUGCCAAAUCUGCUGAAAGCUCUCUUUUCGUUGCCUCUGCAUCAUCCUCAUCUGAUGUAAGUUUUGCGUCGGAAUCGUCGGCAACUUUAACCAUUCAGACAAGCUCUUUGACUUCUUCUACUCCGGUUUCUCAUGUUCAUACACAAGCGUCCUCAUCAAGUGCCCCUAUUGUCAUCUACAGCACUUCUACCGCCUCUUCAAGUUUUUCUGCGUCUGAUCCGAUCAGUCCUGAGGCUUCUGCUACCGGCUCAUCUGCAGGCGCCGAACCAUCCGGUCCAGUGACCAGUCUAUUGUCAAGCUCUUUGGAGUCAUCUUCCACCAGUCCUGUGACUACUCUAUCGUCGAGCUUUUCGGCGUCAUCUUCCACCGGCCCGGUGAUCACUCCAUCGCCAAGCUCUUGGGAGUCAUUUUCUACUGGUUCAGUGAUCACUCUCUCGUCAAGCUCCUCGGAGUCAUUAUCCACCUCCUCGUCUGCGUCGCAACAAAGCAGGACAAUCUUGGCUCCCACAAGCGUCCCAACAUUCGCUUCAAGCACUACCCCAUCAACAACAGCUCCUACUUCCACUUCAUGGGCUCAUACCAGAGCUAUUGAACUAAAUGCCCAAUACGCUGCCGGCCAGCUUAACGGAAAAUCCUCAUGUUCCGACGGCGAAAUAGCUUGCUCAGCAGAUGGUCGUAUCACUAUUUGCGACCAUGGAGCUUGGGUUUACACCGAAUGUGCUGCCGGAACAACUUGUUUCGCUUACGAUUAUGACAACACUGUCUACAGCAGCUGCAAUUUCUCGACUUUGAAAAGCAGCUUCGUGUAA